AUGGCAACCAUCACAGACGUAAUUAACAACCUCGUCCACCCGCGCGUCGUCGAGGCCUUCCUCAUCUCGCCAACUUUCACCUCCCGCCUCCCUCAGGGCGUUCAACUCUUCCUCCGCCCCCACUUCCCCGUCACCCCUCGCGCCGAUGCCUCACAGGAAGCGCGCGACGCUCUCAUUGGAGAGAAAUACACGUGGGCGAUCGUAGACGAGCGCGCAGGGACACACAUCAAGUUUGUCCUCGCCGCCGCCCUCGUUGAUGAGGACUUUACCGACGAGGACUUUGACGCGCUCGAUGCCACUCUCGCCGAGGGGGGCGGCGGAUUCAGGAUGUACAUGGAGGACGAAGGGCCUUGUUUCCUGCUUGGUGAACGCAAGGUUACCCCUUCGGACCCGCAGCACGCCUUCUUCGAAUGGGUGCUCAGUGGGGCGGCGACGGCGAGGGCCGCAGGCCUCAAGGUCAUUCUCUCGAAUGGGCCGCGGUGGAUCAUGGUCGAGACGGAUGACGGGCUUUCUAUUUCGCGCUCGGUCGGGAAGAGGAAGGACGGAAGCGUGCUCGACUCUGAGGGAGCCAAUACUAGCAUGUUUGGCGGACUGGUUAGCCAGGCUUUCGAGGCUGUUGUUACGCGCGACGCGGUCACUAGCCUCAUGGCUGCCAAGGCGCAGGCGGGCCGGUAG